UCCAUAUGAGGAAACUGAAGCAGCUGAAUAUUCCACCUCUCCAUGUUUUUAUGCUAUGAGUGUGUAGGCUGAGAGGAGCCUUUGGUGUCACCUUGGACAUGGAUAUGAGUGCUUGGACACAGGAAAAAACGAUUCCCUGAGGGCCUGAAGCUGGAAACAAUUCCUGGUCCAGAUUUAAACAUCUUUGGAGGUCUGCGCGGGGCGGCCAUUGGCGGCGGAGCGUCACGUGACCGCGGGGGCGUGCCAAAUGUGCGCCCUCACGGGUGUCAAGCCCCUGUCAGAGUGUACGAUCAAGAUCCUGAGACAACGCGAUGCAAAAGGCGACCUACUACGACAGCUCAGCUAUCUACGGUGCCUACCCCUACCAGGCAGCCAACGGGUUUGCUUAUAAUGCCAGUCAGCAACCCUACGCGGGGUCUGCCGCUCUAGGAGGCGAGGGCGAGUACCACCGACCAGCCUGUUCACUUCAGUCACCUGUCAGCGCGGGGGGCCAUCCCAAGGCACAAGAACUGAGUGAAGCAUGUCUACGCACCUUGAGCGGCCCACCCAGCCAGCCCCCAGGCCUAGGCGACCCACCCCUGCCCCCACCGCCGCCCCAGGCUGCACCACCAGCCCCACAACCUCCACAACCUCCACCGCAGCCCCCCGCACCCACCCCUGCAGCCCCUCCGCCCGCCUCUUCUGUUUCCCCUCCUCAGAAUGCUAGCAGCAAUCCCACCCCAGCCAGCACGGCCAAGAGCCCCCUGCUCAACUCACCCACCGUGGCCAAACAAAUCUUCCCUUGGAUGAAAGAGUCAAGGCAAAAUACAAAACAGAAAACCAGCGGCUCCAGUUCAGGCGAGAGCUGCGCUGGUGACAAGAGCCCGCCUGGGCAGGCAUCUUCCAAGCGCGCGCGCACGGCCUACACCAGCGCGCAGCUGGUGGAGCUGGAGAAGGAGUUCCACUUCAACCGCUACCUGUGCCGCCCGCGCCGGGUGGAGAUGGCCAACCUGCUGAACCUCACCGAGCGCCAGAUCAAGAUCUGGUUCCAGAACCGCCGCAUGAAAUACAAGAAGGAUCAGAAGGGGAAGGGCAUGCUGACGUCAUCCGGGGGCCAGUCCCCGAGUCGCAGCCCUGUGCCUCCGGGCGCAGGCAGCUACCUGAACUCUAUGCAUUCGCUAGUCAACAGUGUCCAGUAUGAGCCCCAGUCGCCCCCACCUUUCUCUAAGCCUCCUCAAGGCGCCUACGGGCUCCCUCCCACCUCCUACCCCGCGCCCCUGCCCAGCUGUGCACCCCCACCUCCCCCACAGAAGCGCUAUGCGACGGCGGGUGCGGGUGCAGGAAGCACCCCCGACUAUGACCCGCACGCUCACAGCUUGCAGGGCAACGGCAGCUAUGGGACCCCACACUUACAGGGAAGCCCCGUCUUCGUGGGGGGCAGCUAUGUGGAGCCCAUGAGCAACUCUGGGCCGGCACUGUUUGGCCUAACUCACCUCCCCCACGCAUCAGCCGCCAUGGACUACGGGGGCGCGGGGUCACUGGGCAGCGGUCACCACCACGGGCCAGGGCCAGGGCCAGGGGAGCCUCAUCCCACUUAUACGGACCUUACAGCCCACCAUCCUUCUCAGGGAAGAAUUCAGGAAGCGCCCAAGCUCACCCACCUGUGAUGGUGGGCUCGGGGCUGCGCGCCAGGAGAGUCCCCCUCCCUCGCCCUUUUUCCUUUUCUUUUUCUUGUUUUAGGUUUUUCCUGCCCGUCCCUUUACCCUCUUCCCUGUUUUGUUCUCUUUGGUAAUGAAUUUUUAUAGUUUAUGUGACGUAGCAAUCUUGGUUGCUGGAAUGGCUGUCAGUAUCAGUAGCGAUAUUUAUCUCUUCUGCCCCUCGCCCCGCCGCUGGCCCUGCACUCUUUACCUUCUCCACUCUUUGAUCAGAAACAGGGUAUAUGAACAAAUUUUCUAGUCGAGUUUUUAAUGUGAAUUUGUUCGUACUUUAUGGCUCCCGAGAGGAAGCAAUACGUUGGUUUUUCUUUAAUUUUUAGUUUUUAAAAUUGCACUUCUUAUAAAGAGCGAGAAAAAAAUCAAAGGCGCUUUGAAACAGAGGCUCCUUGUACAAGGGUGACUAAGUGUACGUCUUUCCCGUGUGUGUAUGCUGGUGAACAGUCAGAUUUAUUUAUAUUUUUUUGCAAGCAUUGAAUAGUCUAAGUUUUAAAUAUUAUUUAUCCCCAUCCGUUCGUAUUUAUAUUAAAGAAAUUCUGUACCCUUGUUGUUCAGGAGGUUUCUUGGGCCUUUUGUUCAAUAGUGUAUUGGCUUACAUACAAAAUUCUUUAUUUGAAAGGGAAAUAUAAUUCCUUUAUAAAAACGGUAAUGAUGCAAUAAAGCCAGAGAGGAUCCAGCGUUUAAAAACAGUGACUGAGGUUUGCAACAUCCGGCAAAACUGAAAAAAAAAAAAAAGCUGUAAACAUGAAAAAUGCUAGAUGUGUUUUGAAAGUUCUACAUUCCUUGCUGCUCAUAUUCUGAGAAACAAAGCAAAAAUAAAGUUUUUAUUCUGAUUAAUA